CAGGGGACUAGCGGAGGAGGACGGGGUCUCGGGGGAAGCUCCUCGCGUUGGGUGUUGUCUUCUUCUUGGAGUGUGGAGCCGUUCGUUUCGUUUCGUUGCCGUCCCGUUAAGUCAAGUCGUCUGCCAAAUCUCUGUCAGCAUGGGCGUCGAGGGCUGCACCAAAUGCAUCAAGUACCUGCUCUUCUUCUGCAACUUCAUCUUCUGGCUGGCCGGCUGCGUGAUUUUGGGCGUGGCCCUGUGGCUGCGUCACGACCCGCAGACCAGCAGCCUGCUGGAGAUCAACUUUGAGGGACAGCAGGCGCCCGGCACCUUCUACAUCAGCGUGCACAUUCUGAUUGCGGUGGGCGCGGUGAUGAUGGUGGUGGGUUUCCUGGGAUGCUACGGCGCCAUCCAGGAGUCGCAAUGCCUGCUGGGAACGUUCUUUGCCUGCCUGGUCAUCCUGUUUGCCUGCGAAGUGGCUGCCGGAAUCUGGGGCUUCAUGCACAAAGACACCGUUUCCAAGGAGAUGAUCAACUUCUACGACUCCAUCUACGACAAAGCCAUGACGCAGAGCGUCACCGCUGACUCGGAGAAGAAGAGGGCAGCGGCCUCCGUGCUCAAAGUUUUUCACGAGACGCUGAGCUGCUGCGGCAAAGGUCAAGGCACGUCUAUUCUGACGCAAUUCACCGACUUGCUGGGCGUCACCGACCUCUGUCCUAGCUCCGGAACCUCCAUCAGCUGCCACACCCGCAUCACCGAGCUGUUCUCCGACAAAAUCUACCUGAUCGGCAUCUUCGCCUUGGUGGUCGCCAUCAUCAUGAUCUUCGAGAUGAUCUUCAGCAUGGUCCUGUGCUGCGGCAUCCGCAACAGUCCCGUCUACUAGUCCUACCCGGCCGGCGUUCCUCUGCCGCAUUUAGCUUGCUGGAUUCCCGCAUGGCGGCGUUCUGGUGGCGCCCCUCCGUCUUUUAUUCCCCCGCGCUGGAGCCCACCUAACCCCGAGCCGACCUAACCCACCCACGUGUAGCUACGCAACAGUAUAUCUAUCCUUUUUGAAAACACAACCCGGGUGCCCUCCUCUGGCAGAAAGUCUUUGCAGUUUGAAACUCUUCUUUGCCUUUGGCGCAAAAUUCUACAAGCGAGCGCUGCUUGGGAAUCUCCUUCCUUCCCUCCUUCACCGUUCUUGAGUCAUCAGCGACAGAACAUGGGUUUCACCAAAAACACAAUAAGCGGCGAAAAGGAGCAAGCCAUUUAGCUGGAGAUUUUACUUAUGGUAUUCACAAAUAAUCUGACAAUGAUUUGCGCGUCCAUUUUUGCCCCAGUUGAGGAGGGCACAUGGGUUGUUGAUAACAUGUUGAAGUUGGUUUUUGUCCCCUCCCCCCACUGUUGGAUGUAUAAACUGUGUGUAAAUAUAUAUAUAUAUAUAUAGAUAGAUAGAUAUUAACCGUGCUUUUUGAGCGCAUGGAUGUAACCGCGCACUGCCGUAUGUUGGCGCUUUGUCCGCCACGUUCACUCGCUUCCUGUCUCACUUUUUGGGAUAGCUGGAACCAAAGUCUGGAUGCUGUCCGCCGCAUGUUUACAUGCGUUAAAAAAUUGGAAGGAAAAAAAAAAAAAACCGCAAACGACGCUCUUAAAAUGACAAAGUCGAUGGGUGGAAGCGUCAGGCACGGGUGUCCAAAAACCUUUUGUCGUUCCAAAAAGAAAGUUGAUCAGAAUUCCCCAAAAGAAAAUAGGAACUCCAUUCUUUUUCUUCUAACUUGCCCGCACUGGCAAAAUGAAAACAAAAAAACGUCAGCUCACAAAAUGUGUACUUUGUCGGCGAUAACGAUAAAUCGGAUGUUCUAUAAACGAGCGGCAAAAUGCCAACGACAUACCGAGAAGUCCAAAUAGUCCAUUUUUUCUUGCACAGCGAGCCGAGCUUCACCCACGUUGGCGGCGGCAAAAUAUUUCUGCCCGGCCCGCCAGGUAGGAUUUUGAAAAAUAUGAAGGUAAAAAGUCAACGUUCAAAAUGAUUGUUGUUUUUACAAUUACACAUAGCGCCUCAUUUGCAAAGUUGUGUCUGCCAGAUGUUUUGUAAAGUAGACAAAGGUUACGAAUAAAAACAAACGUCAAGAGCAAAAACGUUGCAAUUUGGAGAUUUGGCCACAUAUUUUUUGCAAUUCUAAAAGAUAAAGAAACAAAGUCCAAACGAUGACAAAUUUCUGCUUUCAUAACACUCGUCGUGGCAUACGUCUUUAGCACGUUGAACAAAAGUGCAACUUUUUGGAAUCCAAACAAAAAAGUGCUACCGUGAUGAAAUGUCACCUUUACGAAAUCACUUUGGAAAAUACUGCCACAAGAUGAUGAUGCUCUUUUUUUUACUCAGCGAUAAGACCAAACAAUCGGCUUGACCAAACAAUCGGCUUGACAAAACAAAACACCCGCAUCGCUGUUACACUGAAGAAAAAGAUUGAAAAAGGUCGUAUUGCUGACUGCUGUAAGAUAUUUGCUAACCGUAACGUAACCGCUGUUUGCCCUUUUUGUUUUUUUCCUUUCUCUCUUUCAAAGGCUUCGCCAGCACCGCCCACAUUCUGUAAAGUGGUGCAAUGUUUUUUAUAUGCGAUAAAGGAUUAAUGAAGGAUUCCACUGAAAAGAAAAGAAGAGCAAAGUUACCGUGACGUGAAGUGUGGAUGUGUUUUGUUUUGUUUUCUGCAUCGCUCUAUUAGUUGCCCUUUGGAUGCCCCUGCCUGAAAGUUGACAUUCGACUCGCGUCCUAAACAUACUGGACCAAUGAAAAUGCUCUCAUCGACGUGUUAGCUUUGCGCUGAAAGCCAUCAUCGCUAAUGUUGCUCACCGGUCGGUUCCGUCCAUCACCCUUAAUGAGCCGAGCCGAGCCGCCGACCAAGCGGACCACGGCCACGUCCUCCUCCUCAAAGUGUCUCGUCGUCGUCGUCGUUAUCGUAUUUCCACUCCAACGUACUAAUUAGCAGAGGCCUCGUUUUUCCAUUGUCUGGUACGUCGUGAAGGAAAGGGUGAGGCUGUGGGCGGGGCCACUAGGGUCUCUGAUUGGCUGCCGCCAGCCCACAGGCCCCUCCCACUGCCGACCCGCUCCUGUUUGCCCGAGUAUAUGAGGGAUUAAAUGUCUUUUACAGAGAAA